GACCUGAUCAAGCGCAUGUGCAGACACUACGAGGAGCUGGAGCUGGUGACCUCCGCACAGGGCAUUGUUGACAGCCAAAAGAUAGCCAGUUUGAUUGGGAUCGACGGAGGUCAUGCCAUCGAUAGCAGCCUUGCAGCCCUGAGGAUGUUUUAUGAGCUGGGUGUUCGGUACUUGACUCUGACGUCCCGGUGCAACACUCCCUGGGCAGAAGCACCACCAGGAAGAGAAGAGGACUUUUAUCCCAAUGUUAUUGGGCUGAGUACCUUUGGUGAAGAAGUGGUGAAGGAGAUGAAUCGCCUGGGUAUGAUGAUAGACUUAUCGCACACAUCUGACACAACGGCACUGGCUGUCCUCCAACUCUCCAGAGCACCUGUCAUUUUCAGCCAUUCAGCAGCCUUCUCAAUCUGCAAAAACUCAAAUAACAUCCCCGAUCAUGUUUUGCAACGUCUGAAAGAAAACAAUGGGAUUGUGAUGCUGACCUUUGAUAUCAAGUUUUUGGCCUGCGGCAACUAUUCAGCUACUGUUUCAACCGUAGCAGAUCAUUUUGACUACCUCAAGGCAACAAUAGGCUCAGACUUUAUAGGAAUCAGUGGAGACUACGAUGGAAUGAAUAUACACCCCAAAGGCCUGGAGGAUGUCUCCAAAUAUCCAGCCUUGAUAGAGGAGCUGCUGAAGAGAGGCUGGAGCAAGGCAGAACUGAAAGGCAUUUUGAGAGAGAACUUCCUUCGUGUGUUCCGGGGGGUGGAAAAGGUGCGGCACGACCUCUCUUCUAUGCAAGUGAGUGAGGAAGAAAUUCCGCUGGAGGAGGCAGAGCACCCCUGCCGCCUGGAAAUGAAGCCACCUCCAGGAGCUACCUUUCCACACUGAUUUCUUGGCUGGGGCAACCAAGUGGGGCUAUAUUUCACUACUGCUGUGACUGCACAGGGAUCAUGCAAAAUAGA